AUGCCAAAUCGUACUAAUUGUGGUACUACUGAUUAUGAAAUAUAUUGGUGUAAUGUUGUUUUUCUUCUAAAUCAGAAUAUUUCAAGGUAUGGUAUGAGUCUUAUUUGGCUUAUGGGAAAUGUUGGAUCAACUAUCAAUUGUUUUAUCUUCUCUCAACCAAAGCUUCGCAAAAAUCCAUGUGUCAAGUAUUUUCUAGCUUCCAGUGCUUCACAAUUCAUGACUUUCAAUUUUGUUCUUGUUACAAGAAUACUUCGAAACGGUUUCAAUAUUAAUGCAAUUAAUACUUUCCUUUGGUUUUGUAAAAUUCGCAAUUAUUUUUUCUAUCUUUUUGUUGCUGUUCCACGUUAUUAUAUUAUUUUAGCAUCGAUCGACCGUUAUUUUGCGAGUUGUUCUGAUAUUUAUUGGCGUCGAUGGAGUUCAUCAAAGACUGCAAUGCGAUUAAUUAUUGGUAGUUUUAUAUUUUGGUGUUUGAUCUACAUUCAAGUUCUUGUCGUCUAUGAAAUUCAAAAUGGUACGUGCUCAUAUAGGUAUGGUGUUUAUGGGAUGUUUUUCAGUAUUUAUCUAUCGAUUGAAAGUGGGAUAUUACCACCAUUGAUUAUGGUUAUUUUUGGAUAUAUCACAAUAAAAAAUAUUCGACAAAGCAAACGAAAAACAAGACCACUAGCAGUAGUUAAUACUGUUCGACCUGUAGAAUUUACUGGAAUGUCAGGAAAAGAUUUACAAUAUUCUAAAAUGUUAUUUAGUCAAAUAUUACUUUGGACGAUUUUGAACAUAAUUAAUCCUUGUGUUCUUCUUUAUCAAACAAUGACAAUAAAUAAAACGAAAUCAUCUUUCCGCGUAACAAUUGAAACAUUUAUUAAUAAUAUGAGUUAUAUGUUUAUUCAUCUAGAGUUCUCUUUAACAUUUUUUAUUUAUACUUUAUCGUCACCAUUUUUCAGACGUGAAUUCAUACAAUUAAUUCAAAAGAAAAUAUUACGUCGUUUAGUAUCAAAUGCGAUUAUGAGCAAUAACACAUAA